GAUGGGGGCGGGGGGGGAGCCCUAGCUAUGGCUUGUAUCUACCGCUGGCAGCGGCUGCCUGGGCUAAGGGGACUCCAGCCCGAGUCCCGGCUCGUUGCCGAACCGUGGGGCGGGGAGCAGCCACCCCGCGGGACUAGCGAGGCCCCGAAACUCAGCCCCAGCGUGGUGCGCCUCCCGUUCGGGCCCGGACCGGCAGCCUGAGGGCCGGGGCGCCAGCAGCACUGGCGGGAGAGCGAGCCCGGGUCUGCGGCAGGAGGCGAGCUCCCCACCCCCAGCCUCCGCGCCGCGGCGCGGCGCGCCCGGGGGAAGCCGCCAAAACCGCCCCCUCACAUGAUCCCGCCGGCCUCCUAAUCCCCUCUGCGCCUCCCCGGCCGCCCAGUGCGAGGCUGAGGCCGGCGCGAUGAAGGGAGGCUGCGGCCAGGGCUGGAGGAACCGGGCAAGAGGCGGCCGGGCAGCCUCCGUCCUGCUGCUCCUGGGGGCUCUGGCCGCCUUUCACCUGCCUCGCAGGGGCGCUGCCGCCCAGCGGCUCCGCGGGGGCACAGAAAAUAAAACACAAUGUAUUCCCUCUCCCUCAUCGGAAUUUCCUGAUGCAUUUUUUACACAACAGGAGAGAGAAGAUGGGGGGAUCAUUAUCUAUUUCAUAAUUAUCCUUUACAUGUUUAUGGCUGUAUCCAUUGUGUGUGAUGAUUACUUCCUUCCUUCUCUAGAGAUCAUUAGUGAAUCCCUUGACCUCUCUCAGGAUGUUGCUGGAGCAACUUUUAUGGCAGCUGGUAGCUCUGCUCCUGAAUUGGUCACUGCUUUUCUAGGGGUAUUCGUGACAAAGGGAGACAUUGGAGUUAGCACCAUCCUUGGAUCUGCAAUCUAUAACCUUCUCGGUAUCUGUGCAGCUUGUGGAUUGUUAUCUAGUGUGGUUUUGAGGCUGUCUUGUUGGCCACUGUUUAGAGACUGUUUGGCAUAUGCAAUUAGUGCCGCAGCAGUCCUUGCAAUGAUAUUUGACAGCAGAAUUUACUGGUAUGAAGGUGCUUCCCUGCUGCUGAUUUAUGGGUUAUAUAUUCUGGUGCUGUGUUUCAAUAUUAAAAUCAAUCAAUAUAUUAUGAAGAAGUUUAGUCCCUGCUGUACUUGUUUUGCAAAAGCUAUGGAAGAAAACACUGAACAGCAGCCAUUAAUUGGCUGGAAGGAAGAACGUGAACCACUAAUUUGUCGACAAUCAAGAACUGAUAGUGGAAUUUUUCAUGAUGAAUCAGACUACUCACAGCUUUCUAUAAGUUUAUUUGGGCUUGAUGAAAUUUCUGAAGAUCCUCCAAGUGUCUUCAUCAUCCCUGAAGCAGAUUUUAAAAGAAUUCUCUGGGUGUUAUCUCUUCCUAUUAUUACACUACUCUAUUUAACCACACCAGACUGCAGAAGACAGUUUUGGAAAAACUGGUUCAUGGUGACGUUUUUCAUAUCAGCUGUGUGGAUUUCUGCAUUUACAUAUGUCCUUGUAUGGAUGGUAACAAUAGUUGGUGAUACGCUGGCAAUUCCAGAAACAGUAAUGGGCUUUACAUUACUAGCAGCAGGGACAAGCAUACCAGACACAGUUGCAAGUGUACUGGUGGCUAGGAAAGGGAAAGGAGAUAUGGCUAUGUCUAACAUUGUAGGAUCCAAUGUAUUCGAUAUGCUGUGUUUGGGAGUACCUUGGUUUAUAAAAACUGCCUUCAUAGAUACAUCAGCACCCGUGGAAGUGAAUAGCAGUGGUUUGACUUACACAGCUAUUUCUCUUAUUUGUUCCAUUAUUUUUAUUUUUCUGGCAGUUCACCUGAAUGGCUGGAAGUUAGAUAAAAAACUGGGAGCAGUCUGUCUAGUAAUGUACUUAGCAUUUGCUAUACUGUCAAUUUUAUAUGAACUUGGGAUCAUAGGGAACAAUCCUGUAAAGGUCUGUGGUGGCUAGUUUUAGCCAGUGACUGUACUGAGGAAGACACAAAACAAUGAGAGAGGAUCAAUUUCUUCAUUUAGUCAAAUAAAAAAAAUCCAAAACUCCCUUUGGGCUCUAAAACUUAUUUACAGAAGUUCUAAAUCAUGGCAUAAAAGUAAUCUUAAAAAUAAAACAACAUCACAGCCUAAUUGGAGCCCUUUCUUUUAGAGUCAAGAAUUACAGUGUGACUACAAUGCAUAUAUAAAACCAAAAUUCUGGAAAGGACAUCUAAUUUUUUACAUUACAAUGUUGAUACGAGCUGGGGGAAUCUGAAACACUAAACAAAUCCCACUAUGCAAUCUUGAGAACAGAGAAAAUGGCUUAUUUUAUUAAAAACAGUAUAACCAUUCAUUUAAACUGAAUGACUAGAGACACUUGGCCUAAUUUUCCAGAGGUGCCAAGCAUCCACAGUCUUUAAGGGGACUGCAGGUGUUUAGUACCUCUGAAAAUCAGGCAAACUGUCCUUAAAAACCAAACAUAGUAAGAUUUAGUUAACAAGAAUCACAGUAUAUUAAACACUAUACUGUUAAAGGCUGGUGGGAUUUAAAAGUUUGUUUUUACAGUUUUUGUAAGCAUACAAUGUUACUAAAAAUGACUUACUAGGAUAUAGAAGCUAAACAGACAUAGGAAUGUUCCUGAAUACAGUUUUAAAUUAUGCAUUGCGAUCCAAGCGUACAUCAAUUUCUCUGCCACUGAUUUUUAUGCCGUUCAUUAUUCUACAGGCUUUUUCAGCAGAUUCUGGCGAGUCAAACCUGACUGUUCCACAGCCUUUUGAUUUUCCAUUCUCCAUUUUUAUUUCAGCAAACAUUACAUGACCUGAAUAAAUAAGUUAAACAGCAGUUACUAUAAAGGCUACAUUGCACUACCAAGUUAGAUAUCAAAUGACAGAUUGAGGUAGAAAGGCAUUUAAAAAAAAUUUAGGAGGCUAAGCUUAGAUGUUAAAAUACAUUUUAGAAAACAUACUACCAUCAAAUGGGCUAACCAAGUGUAAGGCUUGCAUCCAUUUUACAGCAGAUUUUACAGCAGAAUCUUUGGGUCAAUCUGAGGUGUCAAUUAACUGCUUUACAUUUUUAUUAAAAAAAAUGUUAUUCCAAACAUUCAGGUAGUGUUUACUUAAGUUUCCUUUCAAUAAGUGUCAAAACAGCAGACAAGAAUCAGAGUAUGAAAACUCCCUGGUCUACACAAAUAGCAAUACUUCUGGUCUCAAACCAGUAUAGAAUUAAACAUGCUUUUGCUUGAAUUAAUUGAGCUCAGUUGCACAAACAGAAGAAUCCCAUUAGAAUAAGACCAGUUUUGAGGCCCUUUCAGUCACGAUUUGAGCUAUCACACAGUGAUUACUUACUAGGUGCAUGUUACAGUAAAAAUCAUAGUACAGAUCAAACGGAGCGGAAGUUCUGUUACUGGAGUGAUUAUCGAAAUAAGAAUUAAUUGAUUUUUUCAUGGAUGGACAUUCCUUUAUCCUGAAUACACUUCUUUAGAAGACUUAAGAUUUCAAAAAAGCACUCAAGACAGAAAACUAGUCAUUAACUGGGUGUUUUAAGACAGACAUUUCAUAACGAGCUAUCCUUUUAGCUACCCCAUGAUAAUACAGCCAAGCCACCACAAGUAGACAAGCCUCUCUAAAAUGUAGGCCUCAUUUUUAAGAGACUCAAUAUAAGAAUGACUUUUCACAGAAAGAAAUGAAACAUUUAGAGACAGAUAUUCUUUGUAGUCACUUUGACAUUUUCAUGAUGUACAGAUUUUGCUGAUUUGUACUAAUUACUGGUUUCUUAAAAUCAUUCAACAAUUACUACAUUAGCUGUUAUGAAGAUUGUCAAAGAGAAGCAGAUGCAUUUCUAGGGCUCAUCUAGUUAAAUCUGAACAGAAAUUGCAUAGUUUAGAAACAGGGAUACUGGGGCACAGGUAAAGAUGCAGUAUAGCUUAUUUCUGUAAAUUUAUGAAUAAAAACCAUUCUGGUAUAAGCACCUUUAUAACUGCAUCUAUACUAGGCGGUUGUACCAGUAUUAUCAGUUUAGAAACAUAUAGCUAAUGCAGUACAAAAAAAACUGUAUUUAGACAACCCUUAAACCGAGAUCCUGUUUUCAUACAUAUCCUUAGUUCCCCUCCCUGCUUCUCCUUUAUAUUAAUAUCUGCAGAAUGGCUUGUAAAGAUUUUUCCACAUUUUAAUUCCACAUUCUUCCAAUGUUCACAAAAUUCUUUUAAAUUUUAAGAUGCAACAUUACCAAGAUAACAUAUGAAAAGAAGGUGGCUAUUGAGAUUAGAGCAAUUGCAAAAAAUGGUUAUUACUGAACUUAUGUUUGGGGCAGGGACCAUCUUUUGUUUUGUGUUUGUUUAACGCCAAGUACAAUGGAGCUCUUAUCUAUAACUAUGGGUUCUAAGCACAGCAGUAAAACUUGAAGAUAGCCAAGAGGAAGAACGUUUAGGUACAAAAAUAGCCACAGGAGACUGGAAAAUAGUUUACUAUCUUAUGCAAUCCUGCCAAGUCUCAGAGGUUACAUCGACACAGAG